GGAUUCCAGCCCGGCCGGGGCCUGCGGGCGCCCGGGGCCGCGCCGUCCGCGCCACUCGUCCCCGGUGACAGGGACUCCAUGACACACACUCGGAGAAAGUCCCUUCCCAUGCUAAAUUCAGGCUCCCCUGGUCGCCAGGAGUCCCUGCAGAUGGAGGACAGCCACAUGGAGCAGGGCACAGAGGGUGUGGAACCAGGCAUGCCUGAUAGCCCUGGGCAUCUCACAGGACGCCGUAAGAACUACCCACUGCGCAAGCGUCCACUGGUUCCUGAGAAGCCCAAGACCUGCAAAGUGCUACUGACUCGCCUGGAGAAUGUGGCUGGUCCACGCAGUGCCGAUGAGGCUGACGAGCUGCCUCCUGACCUGCCCAAGCCCCCCAGCCCAGCUCCAUCCAGCGAGGACACUGGCCUUGCCCAGCCCCGGAAGCGACGCCUGGCAUCCCUCAAUGCCGAGGCCCUCAACAACCUGCUGCUGGAGCGGGAAGACACAAGCAGCUUGAUGGGCACCCGCCGCAAUCGAGGGGGAGACCCACAGCGCAGCCGGGACCGCGACCGGGGCAGCAGCACUUGGUCCUCCAAGAAGCGACCCCGACUCGGGGACCUUGGAGAAGGAAAUCGGGACCUGUCCCCAGAGCCAGCCCCCGAUGAAGGUGGCCGUAGAGAUGGAGACCCAGCUCCAAAGAGACUGGCUAGCCUGAAUGCAGUGGCCUUCCUGAAGCUGAGUCAGGAGCGCGAGCUUCCCCUGCGGCCGCCUCGGGCCCACACAGACACAGAUGGACGCUCCACUGAGCUCCCUGCGCCCAAGGCCCCAAGGCCAAAGUGGGCCAAGGUCAAUGGCAAAAACUAUCCCAAGACCCGACAGGGGGUGGGCUUCGGGGAAGCUGCAGGCCCAGCAGGCUGGCAGGGGCACCACGAUGAGCCGUGGCCAACUGCCACUCGUCGUGAGCCAGCCAGCCAACCCCCUCAGCAGCCCCUGGGGAAGGCUCUAGAGCCCCCCUUGCUGCGCCCACAGCUGCCAUUGCUCAUGGGCGGGCAGGCAGCACUGAAACCGGAGCCUGGGCGCCCAGGUGAGGAGUCGCCUGCUCCCAAGCAGGAACUACAUCAACCCUCUUUUCCCACUCCUCAGCUGUCCUUGCUGCCCAUGCCUGGCAAUCCUGCCGACUACAGUGGCCUAUGUGCCGGGCCAGAGCUCACGGCGCUGGGCAGCUUCUACCUGUACUGUGGCCAAGAAGGGCUGAAGUGUGCAGGCUACUCGGCCUGCCCCGUGCUCCCGGAGGGCAAGUUGUCCCCAGUGGCUGCUCCUAACGAGGAGCUCCUCAUGGCGCCGAACUCGGUGCCCUCAGGCUCGCCUUUCCAGCAGCCUGCCUGGGGCUCCUCUCGUUACUGCUCCAGUGAGGACGCUGCAAUGAAUGGCUACAGCAUCUGUGGAGUGUUGCCCUUGUCUCUGAGCCGCGUUGGCACUACCUGUGGCAGCUGCCCCUACAAAAUGCCUUUUGCAGCAGGCUGCAGGUCCCUGGGCCAGCUGGAAUUUCCUCUUCCAGAAGCCUCACCUGCCCACCCUCUCCUGGGAUGCCCAGUACCCAGUGUGCCACCUGCAGCAGAACCUGUCCCACAUCUUCAGACACCCACCUCGGAGCCCCAGACAGUGGCUCGUGCGUGCCCACAGAGCGCCAAGCCGCCCAGCGGGUCCAAGUCAGGUCUGCGUACGGGCUCCAGCUGCAGGCACACCGCCAGGAGCAAGACUGCCCGCAGGCCCAGCCACCCAAAGCAGCCACGGGCCCAGCGCCCCCGUCCCCGCCGCCGUCGCCGCCGCCGCACUAAUGGCUGGGUACCUGUUGGGGCUGCCUGUGAGAAGGCUGUCUAUGUCCUGGAUGAGCCAGAACCAGCCAUCCGCAAGAGCUACCAGGCAGUAGAGCGGCGUGGCGAGACAAUCCGGGUCCGGGACACAGUCCUCCUCAAGUCAGGCCCUCGAAAGACAUCUACGCCCUACGUGGCCAAGAUCUCUGCCCUCUGGGAGAACCCUGAGUCAGGGGAGCUGAUGAUGAGCCUCCUGUGGUAUUACAGACCCGAGCACUUGCAGGGAGGCCGCAGCCCCAGCAUGCACGAGCCUUUGCAGAAUGAGGUCUUCGCCUCGCGACAUCAGGACCAGAAUAGCGUGGCCUGCAUUGAGGAAAAGUGCUAUGUGCUAACCUUUGCCGAGUACUGCAGGUUCUGUGCCAUGGCCAAGCGCCGAGGCGAGGGCCUCCCCAGCCGGAAGACAGCACUGGUACCCCCCUCGGCAGACUACUCUACCCCACCGCAUCGCACAGUGCCCGAGGACACGGACCCCGAGCUGGUGUUCCUUUGCCGCCAUGUCUAUGACUUCCGCCAUGGCCGCAUCCUCAAAAAUCCCCAGUAGCCUCCUUGUGCCCACACUGGGGCUGCCCAGGGGCAAGUGGGGCACAGGAUGGGGGCAUUGCUUGAAGCACAGCACUUGGUUAAGGAGCCACAGGGCCUGAGGGUGUGGCCUGUGGUUCUCUUGGGAGGGGGGACAGGGGCCCACUUUGGUGCUGGACCCCAUGGGAGGGAAGGGGAGACCAGGGUUGCAAAGAAGUCCCAGAGCUCUCCAUGGGGUCCCAGACAGCUGUCCAUGGUCCCCUGGGUAGAAGCUUCCCCUAGAAGUAGUCUUCCCCAUGGCCCAGCCAGGCCUGAGGAACGCACACCCAAGGGAUGAGGGACAAGGGACGAGGUCCUUGAGACCCCGGGCCCCACAGGCCUUUGUGCAGCCUCCCUAGGCCUGCAGGGGGCUGUUGGGAGCUGGCUUUACCUCACCCACUGUGUCCAUGGCUCCCCCCACCUCACACCUGCUCUCCCAGACUCCAGUACAGUUCUUUGCUGGUUCAUUGAGGCAUUGUGGCACUCCCCAGACCCAGGUCAUCCCCUGGCUUUCCUCCUCUGCCCCAGCGGUAGUCACUGGUGCUGGGACUAGCUGACCCAGCCCUCUCCUUGCAGUCCUGGGUGUGACCCUCUCGAUUGCCUCCUGUUAGCCUCCAGGAAGGUCACCCAGCAGGCCUGGCUUCCUAGGAAAGUUCACUGAUCUAAAGUGGGGUCUGUCAGGUUUGGGAGGCCAGGUCGGUGCUGGGAGAGGGUGGGGGACAGGGGCAAGGAAAAUUGCUACCUGAUUGUUGAAGAUUUUUUCUCUUGCCUUACAAUUGGAGGUUCUGGGAAACCUCUUGCAGAAUUUCACACAGGAUUCUUGGAGCCACACCCACUGGAAAUCAAGCCAAAGGAGUGCUGUGGCUCCCCUGGCCCCCUCCCUGUCCCCCUAGUCUUGUAGAUUGCACUAAUUUACAUCCCAGAAUCAACACUGUAUGGGACCUGCUGAGCUGCAGCCUCACUCGGAGCUAGGGAUCUGCGGUUGCUGUUUGUCCUGCCUAGAGGCUGCUCCUCACCUCAUGCUGCUCCCCAGAAUAGAUCCCGAGGCUUCAGCCCCUUGUAGUCCUGGCCUGGACCAGGCCCCAGGUGGGCCCUGCAUCUCUUGGAAGGGCUAGGACAGCUGGUUAUUUCCUAUUAGUACCAAAGAGGAGCACAGUGGGGGAAGUGAGUGGAGUGCAGUGUGGCUUGGGCCUGGCACAGGCAACAAGCUGGCUGAGCACUUCCACGAGGGCACACCCAGGCAGGCAGCCCUGGGUCCUCCCCUUAGGGAGGGACAGGCUGAGGUAGUAGCACUGGGUGGCAAUGCAACGAGAGGAGGUAGAGACCUGAAGGUGCGCCUAGCCCCCACAGACCCUGUUGUGUCCUCACAGACAGGUUGCUCCUGAUUGGGCACGGGGCUUGGGUGAAACAUGCAGGCUCCUGAGGUGCAUUUGUGUUUGGGGAGCCUGGUCCAGAACCCAAAGGGGAGGAAUGGGUCUUUUCAUUGGAUAAGCUGUUGGGAACAGGCCCCUGAUCAGGGAGAGCACAGGUUGGCUGAGCAGCAGGCGUAGAGUCCCUACUGCCAGGAGCCCAGCCUUCCGAGCAGGAGAGGAGAUGAAGUCCCCUUUUCCCAGGAGCCGGGGUCUGCUGCCCAGAACCUAAAUGCUUUUGAAAUCUCUUAGAUGUGGAAAUAUUUUUUCGAACCUGAAAAUGCAGCUGGUAGAAUUUCAAUGGAAGCAUAAUCCAUGUAAAAUAUAUUUUAGUUGAUAUUUUGUAAAAUGCACUUUUUGUGUGUGUUGAUCCUGGUUUCCCAGAUCUGUAUUUCAGUGUUUACAAGGGAGGGAGGCCCUUUCCUUACCUCCCUUUUGACAGAGAUUAGAAGUACUUCUUUAAGAAAAAAAAAAUAAAUUUGAAAAAUUGUAUUGAU